AUGAAUGCGUCAGCUUCUUCGACUCUGGCAGCGGCCAGAUCACUUACUACACGGAGGGCCUUAACGGCAUCCCUGAGGAAUAUCAGAACCUUUAUUACCACAAGCAUUCAGGAACUUCCAGUCGCCAAGCAGGCUGCAUCUCUCAGACUACGCAACCGUCACGUAGCUCCUGUUUUAGGUAUCACGACCUUCAAGUCUACAUUUACAACCUCUCAGAGCUUCCUAGCCGAUAAGGAACUGCUUACACCCAAAUGGAGGGCACCUUCCGAUGAAUCUCUCGAGUAUCGGCCCGUCCUGGUGGUCGGCGCAGGCAACAUUGGCCGACGCGUUGCACUUGUCUGGGCAUCCAACUCGCGGCCGGUAACCAUCUACGACAUCUCACAAGACGCGCUCCGGGAAGCAACCGAAUACAUCACCGACAACCUAGGGGCAUACUGCGCAGAGCGAGGCACGCACCCAGGCCACGUAUGCACAACGACGGACCUGCGCACAGCGACAACGACGUCAGGUCAUCCAGAGCGCAACUCAGCAGGGGAGAUCACCGCGCAGGAGCACACGCGUGCGCCGUGGCUCGCCAUCGAAUGCCUGCCCGAGUCGCUGCCGCUCAAGACAUCGGUGCUGGCGCGGCUCGAGCGCUCACUGCCGAGCGACUGCAUCCUGGCCAGCAACAGCAGCAGCCUAACGACGGCAGAGAUGGCCGUCGAGGGCGACUUGGCGCAUUCACACCGUCUGCUGAACACGCACUACUUCAUCCCGCCGCGCAACCGCAUGGUGGAGCUCAUGUCGAGCGGUGCCACAUCCGGCGCCAUCUUCCCCUUCUUGGCGAUGCAGAUGCGGCGUGUCGGGCUCACACCGGUGAUCGUUCCGCAGGGCAUCCAGUCACGGGGAUUUGUCUUCAACCGGAUCUGGGCGGCAUGCAAGCGCGAGACUCUGGCGGUGUUGAGUGAGGGCGUUGCCAAGCCGGGCGACAUUGACGCCCUAUUCAGGGACUUCUUCCAUGCCGAGAAGGGCCCUUGUGAGAGAAUGGAUGAAGUCGGGCUGGAUACGGUCGCCCGUGUGGAGCAGCACAACCUGGAGAGGAUGCCGUGGCUGGGCAGUGAGAAGGCGUUGGCCUGGCUGAAGAGUAACUAUAUCGAGCAGGGAAAGCUGGGUGAGAAGAGCGGCGACGGGCUGUUUACUGUGGCUGAGCGGGAUGCCUUGAAGGAGAGACAUCGCCUGGAUAAGUAUCGGGAAGUGGAAGAAACUGCCGGCGCGUGA